AGAAUAAACCUUUAGAGACACAGGGACGGACACACUGCGAUGGACGUACAGAAUGAACCACGUAGAAGAUGUAACGUUACAAUACGUUCAAUUCAUCCGACAGAAAUGAUUCAAAUGAACAUAUUAUCUCCUCAUAUGUGUUCAUGAUCAUUUCCUGCUCGUCAGCGGGGGAAAAAAGACUCUUAAGUUUAUUUGCCGUUAUACUGUUAAAAAUACUGUCCCUGUUUCGGCGAUCGACUCCUGAUGAUUGAGGUGACCUGAUGUCAAUCGGACAUUUGAUCGACUUAGAUGAGCCACGUGUGAGGAACAGGACCCUGACAAGAUAUAUAUUUUUAUUUAGUUUAUUUUUAUACUUACAAUCUGUAGUUUGAAGUAUGAAGUGUUUGUGUCAUAUAAGACCUCCACCUGUGGAGGGCAGCAGAGACGCGGAGCAUCACGAAGAAGAAACACCGGAAGGUCUGCGGUGCGCUUGUUUUGCUAACAUGUCGGUGCAGACGUGGGCCCUGUCAUUUCGGCAGCCGUACGCUGGCCUGGUUCUAGACGGGGUGAAGACGCUGGAGAGCCGUUGGAGGCCUGUUUUGGCCCCGCUGGAGAACCAGACCCUGGCGGUCCACAUUGCCGUAAGAGACUGGGAGGCGGAGGACUGGAAGGAGGUGCUGAGCGGCCCGCUGGGAAUGAACCCGAUUCAGAUCCAAGCGCUACUGGACUCGGGCGAGAGGUUUGGUCGCGGCGUGGUGGCAGGAUUGGUGGACGUGGGUGGAACCUGGCUGUGCCGUCCCUCCCUGCAGCGGGAUGAGCAACAACUCCUCGAGCAGUCAGCUGUUCUGGUUGGUCUGCAGGAGAAGCACCUGACUCGCCUAUCCAACCCUCGUUGGCUCAAGAGGCCGCUGAAGACGCGGGGAGGUCGCGACCUGUUGUCUGUGGAGAUCCCCGCUGAGCUGUUGCCAUGACGAUGCCAAGAUGUAUCCCAGGAUUACCGUUCAUAACGGACAGUCUGUUUGAACAUUAAUGCUAACGUGUCUGUAAGACAUGAGGUCAUGUGAAGCAGCAUUAACUGCUGGUGAAACAAACUUUAUUCACCCAGAAAGAAAAGAAAACCAGUUUGAACAGACUCAAACACAAAUAGAUCCCUCGAUAAACAGGGACAGUCACCCCCCCUUUGACCGGUUGACAAAUUAAACUAAUCAACCUCCAUGAAACGAUCUGUUCAGUCACAACCAACAAAUAAGUGAAAAACUAAAACUCUCCUUUAGCGCGUGAAUCAAACACGACCACGCUGACAAACUUGUUUUCAUAACAUCUUUCAACAUUAAAAUGUUAAUGUUU